AUGACGGAAAUGAGAACCCAGCACAGAGGGUACAUCAUCACGGAACCGAAAGCUGUGCUCUUCACCCUCAAGACGAGAGCUAAAGUGCGUGGCUUGGCACAACCAGCACUAGAGGAAAGAUGCAUAGAUAAGAGGACCAGCGGGCGCUCACUGUCCAGCGAGCUACUUCUCAAGCGCUACGUGUACGUCCUCAUUCAUGAGCAGCACAACCCUGCUGAGCCACCGUAGCCCUACGUGCACAGCAAGGACUCCCCACAUCACAAGAAGCUCCAGAGUGAGGCUUCACUAGGGCCCCUCAAGUGCGUUUUCCGACUGAAGCCUACAAGACUGGGUCCCCGCAUCUCAGACCUGGAGGACAUCGAGCGUCGCGACCACAACAUGAUGGAGCGCCAACACCACGAGAGUACACGCUCCAGUUUCCUGAUUCUCAGGGACCUUGUGCCUGAGCUGGUGCACAGUGAGAAGGUGGUCAUCCUGAAAAGGGUCAUGGAGUACAUUCGCAUGCUGCAGGCUAAGUACAAGCUCCUGAUGGAACGGGAGAGACAGCAGUUGCUGAGGAAUAUCAAACACUCCGAGAUGUACUAAAGGCUUCUUAAAUGGACAGUCACCGCUACUUUGCACAUGUUGACUUGAAAAAAAAAACUAUUGUGUUGACAUUAUGAA